ACUGACAACUGACUCAGGCUCAGCUAGCUAAGCUAGGCUAUGGCUGAGCUAGCUGCUCGGCUAGCUGAUCCAGCUAAAGCUGCUCAUAUUUAGAGGUAGAGCUAUGGGAGAAGAACCUUUGCUACCAGGUCCAGAACAUCUGCAUGAUCUGCAUCUGCUGGGCGAUAGUCUUACUGAAAAACAGUUGGAGUGCUUUGAGCUAGUCUGUGAGCGAGGGCUGGGUAUGAAGGACACUAGGGAUGACCAAGAACAGAUCAUAUUCCAGUCUCUCUACGAGAAACUACCGAAAGAUGAUGCUCUUAAGCUCUUGCGUCUUUUCCUAGAUAGAAUACGCUACAGUACAAGGAAUGAGGCCAUUAAGACUAACAUAUUACUCCCUGUCAUGAAGAAGUCAGAUAAAGACGCGCUGUGUAGAUCUACAGAAGAAUAUCAAAAGUUUGACAUGUGGCUGACACUGGCCGCUGCAAUGACAUCGAUGAGCAACAGUAGUCUUCUGUGCAAAAGCGAUUAUCAAAAAUUGGAAAAGUACCACAGACGUCGUACUUUGACUCAUAUUGCUCAAGACAGGAUUGCAUCUCCCUGCCAUCUUUUAAAGCUCAUUGAUGAUCAAUCCCCAUUCAAGCCAGACAGUUUGAAUAAGGUCUUGAAGUGGUUUAGGGACUGUGGUCUCAGCUAUCCAAAAGAGAUCGUCGACUAUCAGAAACGUCAUAGUAUUAGAGUACCUAUACACUGGGAAAUAUGUUACAAAAGAACUUGUUAUUCGUCUUUUGGUCUCAGCAUUUUCACUGUUCCUGGCUUUAUCUGCAUCUUAUUAUUUCUAACUAUUCCUAACUAUCCUCUUGUCACAAACGAUGUUAGCGACAACCAUACUUUUGUUGGUGGUAAGGCAACCGUCAAAAUUGGGAAUUACAGCUCAAAAUCUAUCAAAGAUUUGCAGAUUGAAGCUCUGAAUGAUAUGAAGGGCUAUAAUUAUGCUAACGGUACAGUGAUAGAUGCUGUGCAAGAGAAUGAGUUUCACGUGUCCUUUAAAGAGUUAGACUUUGAAAGUCGGCCUUAUGGAGCUCUGAGCGAUGAGGUACCUGUAUUUCUAGCAUUUAACCAGUCGGUUUCACUCUACAAUGCUGCUGGAGAAGGAAAGGUCAAUAUCUCCUUUGAUUUGACGAAUAUUAACAGAGCAAGUUGCGCUGCAAGGUUGGUUGUUUUUAGCUCUCAAGUUGAUUUUACAAACUAUACUGGGUCUACUCGGGACCCACGUCAUGUACCACUUGCUGCCUACCACUCUUCAGGGUGUAUCAAUACGUCUGGUAUACACUCAGUCCCUCUGAAGGAAGAUGCUUUCUCCUUCUUUGCCAUCGCACACGUAAAGAACAUCAGUUUGACUGUCAACACUUCUGGAUAUAUUUCUGAGUAUGUUAUACUCGAAAAGGAAAGCUCUUGUACUCUCAAUCCUUCUUGCCAGUCUAACAUUACCAUCAGUAGUGAAGAGAAAUGUACUACUAGCAGGGAUGAUGAUGAUUCUGCCGAUGAUGAAAUACCGUAUGUAACGGUAUUUGGUACUUCUACAAGUAGUGAUCUCGGAGAAGUGAGGGUAACAGCACAUCACCUCUGCCAUCAAGAGUAUAACUAUUGGUACUUUGCAGCUGGUGUAAUACCAGGUGUCGUCUCGUCGUUAUUACUUGUCGUGUUUGGGGUGAGCUGCUUAGUGUGUUUAUAUAAAUGUAUAUUUAGAGCUAAAGAAAUGCAAGUGGUUUAGUGCACUAACUAAUGCUGUCGAUCAGUUUCCAACUCUCUUUCAAAUAUAAUAAUACUAAAAUUAAGUAAAAUUAUUAUUAUUGCUACAUGCAUAAUAGUUAUUGUUAUUACUAUUAUUAUUAUCAUUAUUAUUAUUUACUGUUCUUUACUUUGUAUUUAUAUUAUGCUUAUCUUCUUAUUUUUUAAUGUUU